AUGAUAGAAACGAUACAAGUGGGCACUGCAGAUGAUGCACAAGGGGGCGCGCUGUGCGACCCCUUGGGCCACGUGCCGCCCGAGCUGGCCAUUCACGUCCUCAGCUACCUCACCGACGCCGAGCUCGCCCACGCAGCCUCUGUAUGUCGGGAUUGGUAUGGGCUGGCCAACGACGACCAUGUGUGGCGCGAAAGGUUCAAACGCCGCUUCGACAAGGGAGCAGAGGGCCGCAAGGCCGCAAGGGCUCGACGACGCGGGCUGCCCGGCGUCGCGGCCGAAGGCGACGAGGAGGCGAUCGAGACCGAGCGGCUCGUGCUCGACGACCCUCGCCUCGACGACAUGCUCACCACCGCCACCACCGCCGACCUCGGUGACCUGGAGUCGGGCGCGGCGCACGGUGAAACCGGCGACGACGAGGCGGAAGACGAGGAAGAGGGCGAAGGCGACGUCGACGACGAAGAAGAGACGGAGGAGUUGGAGGGCAUCCGGCGGCUGGUCAUCCCGUCGCCGCUCUCCAACUCGGCCAAGUGGAAGACCCUCUACGUGGAGCGGCACAUGCAGCCGCAGAUCAAGCUCCUCCGAAUCCUCAGCGAGAACACCUCCCUCGGUCGUCUGAUGGACAAGAAUAGGCUGAGGAAGAUUGAGGCCACGAUUCUGAAUCCCAAUCGGAUGGUUUUGGAGCGCUUGGGCAAGUACCCGCACCUCGUCAGUGCGUUUGCCGCCAAACGAUCGCUCAUUCAGACGAAGCUGGAGUUUUUGCAGCACAUCACGAACAACCUGGUGUGUUGCCUGCUGGGCCUGAUCGUGUGGUGCUGCGUGGAGGUCUUUUUCCCCGAUUUCUUCGACUACCCCUACCUCUUUAUUCCGUUCACCUGGUACAAUCUGGGCCGCUUCUGGCUUCUGUUCGCCUACGCGGCCGUGUUGUGCGUGGCCUACAAUUGGCUGCUACCCCAACCCACCUCGCUACGCCGCACCAUCUUCCUCUGGAGCGCCGCCAACAGCAUUCUCGCUGGCCUGCUCGAAGAAUGCGGGUUCCGGUUUCUGUACAUUUGCACGGCCAUGCUCUCCAUAUUGGCCGUCGACUAUGCAAUCAAAGGAGUGAUGAUGGCGUUGGCAGGGUUGAUGCUCUACGCGACUGUGAUCUCAGUCGUCGGGAUCGUGCGUCGACCGAUCAAUCAACUGACCAGGCGCGAAGCACUUUCCAUCGCAAUCACAGCCGCCAUGUGCGGUCUCUUCGCCUAUCUCUCAACGUUUUUCGUGGUGAUGGGGGUCUACGAGAUGUUCAUCGUCCCCGGCACCAACUUCAUCACUCUGGGCCACUUUGAGGACAUCUUCUACGACGAGAGUCGCCGCUUGUUCGUCAUUGGCAUGCUGGCCGCCAACGGCUGGUUCCGCGACUCCCACAAGUACACUGGCGUGCUCGGGUGGGCCAAUGCCUGGAUCAUCGGGUUUGUGAUGAUGUACGCGUGCCUACACUACGGGCUGAUGCUGACGAUCGUGGUGCACGCCCUCUACGACCUCGAGUUCGUGGUCCUCUCCUUCGUCCUCUCCUCGGCCCGCACCCACCUCGGCUGCCUGCCCACCGAGCCCCUCCUCCCCAUCGUCGUCUCCUGA